UACUCGUGUCAUAAAAGUUGAUGUCCUUGUAUUGCGGUUCUGAGUCCGUUUACUUGUGAUUCUUCGCAGCUAUACCAAGCUAGCUAGUUCUGCAAACACUUCUAAGCAACAACUUGCCAAAGCUUCCAUUAAUUACCAGUUUGUUUGCUGGUGAUUAGUCUCCAAUGGCUGAUCCCAUGACCACCAAAACCUCGUCACCUUUGCCACCUUUUCCGACCCCUCCACUGAAAUACGAGGUUUUCGUGAGUUUUAGAGGUUUGGACACUCGGAAAGGUUUCACUGACCAUUUGUACAAUGCUCUAGUUCGAGACGGGAUCCACACUUUCAGGGAUGAAGAACAACUCGAGAGCGGAAAACCCAUCUCAAAGGAACUCGCCGAAGCAAUCGCAGAAUCGCAAAUUUUCGUCGUUGUUCUUUCGAGAAACUACGCAACCUCCACAUGGUGCCUGGAUGAACUUGCAAGUAUGGUUGAACUUGCGGCAAACGAUGAGUCUAGACUGAUUCUGCCGGUAUUCUAUGACGUGACACCGUCAGAAGUCCGAAAACAGACCGGAGUUUGUUUUGAAGAGGCGUUUGCUAAACAUGAAAAAGAUUUCGAAGGAGAAACAGAGAAGGUGACAAGGUGGAAGAGUUCACUGACUACAAUAGCCGACCUUUCAGGAUUUGAUCUAAGACAUUAUAGAUACGAGACACAACCGAUUGGACAGAUAGUUGAACGUAUUUUCGGUGAAUUGAAUAACACAAAUCACAUGUUGUCAAAUGAUCUAAAGGACUUCGUUGGUACGGAUCAAGUAGAUAAAAUCGAAUCCAACAUGCGUUCGUCUAUAGGGUCGGAAGAAGUUUGUAUAAUUGGGAUUUGUGGGAUGCCAGGAGUUGGUAAGAGUACCAUUGCAAAAGCUCUUUCUCAAAGAAUUCGCAAUGAAUUUGAAGGUUUCAGUUUCAUUUCUAAGGUUGGAGAGAUAUCUAAAAAACAAAGUUUAUUUCACAUCCAAGAACAACUAUGUGAUCACUUAUUGGAUAGAAAAGUAACUACGAAGGAUGUCAACAAAGUGAUAAGUGAGAGAUUGUGCCGCAAACGGGUUCUGAUAAUUCUCGACAACGUGGAUGAAUUAGAACAAAUAGAAGCUGUAGCUGGAAAGGAUGGCAAAAAUUUUUAUAACCGGUUUGGUAAGGGUAGCAGAAUCAUUGUAACCACAACAGAUGAAACGCUGUUGACAAAGUAUAAGCCAAAAUUACUAUACAAGGUUGAGAAACUUACUGACAAGGAAGCUCUUCUUCUCUUCUGCCGGAAAGCCUUCAACGAGGAUUGUCCUAUAAAUGGCUAUGAGAAAUUGUCUUAUGAAUUUGUAGAUCAAUGUGAUGGUCUUCCUUUGGCUCUUGAAGUGUUGGGUUCCUCCCUCCUGGAAAGAAGUGUGGAAGAAUGGUCCAGCACGUUGGCUUCUUUGAAAGAUCAUAAUUAUUCAGGCGAGGAGAGAAUUAUUGGUACUCUUAAAGUAAGUUAUUAUGGAUUAACGCAUUCAGAACAGAAGAAAAUGUUUUUGGACGUCGCAUGUUUCUUCAAUGGGGAGGAUGUUUGUCGGGUAAAAAAGAUAUUUGAAAGUUGUGGCUACUAUCCAGGUAGCAAUAUAAAGAUUCUACGCGAGAAAAAUUUGGUAAGCAUCAUAGGAGGAAAAUUGUGGAUGCAUGAUUUACUACAAAAAAUGGGCAGAGAAAUUGUUCGUGGAGAAAAUGAAGAGAAGGGAAAACGCAGCAGAUUGUGGCUUUGCACAGAUGCCCUUCAUGUAAUAAAGAAAUAUAAGGGGACAGAUGCUGUUAAAGGCAUUUUCUUAAGCUCGCCUAAGGAAGAGAAAGUACACUUGAAGAAAGACACAUUCUUAAAUAUGGACGAUCUAAAAUUGUUGAAAAUUCACAAUGUGAUAUUUUCUGGAUGCGUGGAGUCUCUUUCAGAUGAGUUAAGGUUCUUGGAAUGGCACGAAUAUCCUUUAAAAUUGCUGCCUUCAAGUUUUGAACCCGAAAACCUUGUUGAACUGCACUUGCCUGGAAGCAAAAUAGAGAAAUUAUGGGAGGAAUUUGAGAAGCCUUUGGAAACGUUGGUAAUACUCAACCUUACUGAUUGUGAAAAGUUGAUCGAGACCCCCGACUUCGGCAAAGUCCCAAACCUUGAGCAGCUAAUCCUUAAAGGUUGCACAUGCUUGUCUGAGGUUCCCGAUAUAAUCAACUUGAGAUCUCUUAUGACUUUCAUUCUUUCGGGAUGUUCCAGACUUGAAAAGCUUCCAGAGAUUGGAGAAGACAUGAAACAAUUAAGGGAACUGUAUUUAGAUGGGACAGCUAUAGAAGUGCUACCGACAUCAAUCAAGCAUCUGACCGGACUUACUGUGCUCAAUCUCAAAGACUGCAAGAACCUUUUGAGUCUGCCUGACAUCAUUUGUACUAGUUUGACAUCCCUUCAAACUUUGACCAUCUCAGGGUGUGCGAAUCUUAAAGAGUUGCCAGAAAACCUUGGUUGUUUAAACUGUUUACUGGAGCUUGAUGCAAGCGGGACAGCUAUAAAACAGCUACCAGCAUCAAUCAAGGAUCUGACCAGGCUUAGCAAGCUUUAUCUCAGAUAUUGCAAAAACCUUUGCAGUUUGCCAGCAACCAUUUGUACUAGUUUGACGUUACUUCAAAUUCUCAACCUCUCAGGGUGUUCGAAUCUUGACGAGUUGCCAGAGAACUUGGGGAGUUUAGAAUGUUUACAGGAGCUUUAUGCUGGCGGGACUGCUAUAAGUGAAGUACCUGAAAGCAUCUCUCAACUUUCUCAACUUGGAGAACUUGUAUUGGAUGAUUGUAGCAAGCUUCGGUCCUGGCCAAGACUUCCAUUUAGUAUAAGAUGGGUAAGGGCACAUAAUUGUCCCUUGUUGGAGGGAGCACAUUCAGAUAAAAUAAUGGUAUGGAAUUCAACUGCUGCUGGAUUUAGUUUUAUAGAUCGCCGAAGUGAUAAAACCAAAGGUCAGGCAUAUUGGCUACCGCCUAAAUAUCUUUUGAGGGAGUCCUAUCAAACAUACUUUGAGGAUUCAAUUCAUCGCAGUACUAUGUUAGAAUAUUCUUAUCGAUCAAAUAAAAUUCCAGCAUGGUUGAGCCGUCAGAGUACUGAAUCCAGUGUAGCAAUCCCACUGCCUCGUGAUGUUGAUGGUAUAAGUAAAUGGAUGGGACUUGCUCUAUGUUUUGUCUGUGUAGCUGCACAGAAGCAUGAUAAUUUGGAAGAUGAGCCAGAAUUUGAUGAGAAAUCGCAAUCAAACCUCACUCGCAAUUUCCGCAUUGAUCUCUAUACAACUGAAGAUCCUCAUGAACGUCCCCAAGUGCUUAAUUACGGUGAUCUUGAUUUCACUGGACCAUUUAUACAUUGGUUGUAUAUACCACGAACUGGCCUUGAAGAAUGUUCAAAUAAACGCUUCAUCCGAGCUUUGAUUACACCUGAUAGCCCAGAAGUAAAAGUGAAAGAGUGUGGGGCGAGUCAAAUAAACUCGGAACACGUGACCACAUUUGUCAGUAAAAUGAUUAAGCACAAUAAAAAUUUCUGUAACGGCCAUCAGCCUGAAGAAGAAGACGAAAACGAAGAUGGUAUGAGAAGUGUUCCGUCGACAAGUGGGGUUCAAAUUCAACAAGAAUUACAAAAAGAAGAAACUACUAGUUCAACUCCCAUUGUAGGUCAAUUGAGAAGAAACGUAGUGUCAUUGCUUGAAAAACUAUUUGAGGGAUUGCGGAGGGGCCUGCCAAAUAUCCACGAUUAUGGUUUUAUUUUUUCUCGACGAGAAAAAUUACAAUGGUUCAGUGAACAGAGCACUACGUCUGCAUGCACGGUCAACUUAACUCUACCUCCGUAUCUGCAUAAUGAUGAGAAAUGGGCGGGACUUUCUCUAUAUGUUGUUUGCAGUCUGCCUCAAGGUGUUCAAUUUGGCCGCAUUUACUAUGAGUGUCAUUUGUAUACACCUAUUGAAGCUGUGGGUGUGGAAGCACUGAUGCAUCGACUAAUGUUAUGGUCCCCGUUGGAUAACAAUGUGGGGUCACAUCGACUCCUUAUUGUUCAUAUACCACGAGUACGUUUUCCGGAACGCUUGAAUCGGUGUCGCUUCAUUCAAGCUUUAUUUGGAUGUAGAACUCCAGGUGUGAAGGUUGAAAUGUGCGGGAUGCGUCUAGUAUACGACCAAGACUUGAAAGGGUUAAUCCAAACAAUAACCCAUUGCACCACCACAACGGGUCGCCCUGUUUACUACGGAACUGGUGAUUUUACAGAUACCAAGAAAUAUAAUGGAAUUAGUUUGGGAUGUACAAGUUUGUUAAUGAAUUUUCUUGAAGCAGCCAAAUCCACGGAGCACAGCUCAGUGAGCGAAGUUUGUCCUCGUUUCAUGCCACUUGAUUUUCGCCCAAAAACUGACUCUGCUGAGGAAUCUCAACAAGAAAGAAAAAGAACAUCAGCUUGUCAGGAUGAAGCAACAGGAAGUAAUUGGGACUUUCUACGACGGGAGAUUGCUCUUUCUUUAGGAAUUAAUUACGAAUUUCUACAGCAGGAGAUUGUUUGUUCUUAUGGUCAUGCCAACAAUAUAAGCUUGGAUCAGAGUCGGCUCCUGGACUUCGACCGUGACUUGAUAUAUAAUUCUUGUUUCCCUCCCAAUGAGAUUAUAGACUGGUUCGAGGGUAAAAGCAGAGAUCACUCUGUAAAAGUCUCUCUACCACCAAAUCUAUGUGAAGACACCAAUUGGAGGGGACUAGCUUUAUGUGCAUACUUUUCAGUCCUCGACCAUUCAACUACCGACCAUGAAAAUUUGGAUCUCGAUAUUUCUCACAAUCUUACAUGUCUUUUAGAAACUGAUAAAGGUUCUCUGGAUUCUCCCCAUAGCUAUUGCACCCCCAAGCAAGAAUUCAAGUGGUUGAAUCGUAUGGGAGGAUUCAUUUGGUUGUCCUAUAUACCACGAUGUUGGUUUUCGAAUCAGUUGAAUGAAGGAGGGCACCUGGAGGCUUCAAUUGUAAGCGAUUGUGGAAGCUUGGGUGUGCAUAGGUGUGGGCUCCGUCUUAUAUAUCUGAAAGAUGAAGAAGGGCUCAAGGAGACCAUAAUGCACUGCAUGACUUCCUUGUCUGAUAUUAAUGAAGGGGAAGAAAAACAAAACCAGGACUGUGAGGUAGGAUCAUCUAGUAUUACAGGCGUCGACAUUGUAAAUCCUCAUCUUGAGAAAUCAGAGCAGCCCAGUGAUAAGAAAUGGAUUUUUGACUGUUAUUCGAUCUAUAAUGCUUGUUUCCCUUCAAGCAUCAGUCUAGAGUGGUUUGGGGAUCAGAGCAAUGGUUCCUCGGUAAUAAUUCCACUACCACCAAAUUUGUAUAGUGACACUAAUUGGAAAGGAUUGGCUCUACGUGCUUACUUCUCCGUUGGGGAAAAUCCAACUGCUGAGCUAGACAAUUUGAAUCGAGAUAUUCCCCACCAUCUGAUAUGUCAUUUGGAAUCAGAAAGAGGUACAAUAGAACCUCUCCAUGACUACUGCACCACCAAUGAAGAAUUCCAGUGGUUAUAUUUCGGGGGAUUCAUUUGGGUAGCUUAUAUACCACGAGCAUCAUUUUUGGAUCAGUUGAAUGGAUGCAGUAUCCUGAAGGCUUCAAUUGCAAGCGAUCAUGAAGCAUGUAAUGUGCAUAGUUGUGGGCUAGGCCUUGUAAAUCAGCAUGAUCAGGAAGAGUUUGAGGAGGCCUUAUUUCACAAUAUGAUGUUGUUGUCAGAUAAGAAGGGCAAAAAUAAGCAAUGCGCUGAGGGUAACUCGGAAUCAUCUAGUAGAUGUAGCAGCUACAUUACGAAACCUCAUCUUGAAAGAUUAGUAAAGCCGAGUCACAGAAAAUGGGACUUCGAUCGUUUCUCUGUAUACAAUUCAUGUUUCCCUUCAAACAUAGAUCUAGAGUGGUUUGGCCAUCAAAGCAAUGACUACUCGCUAACAAUCAGUUUGCCACAAAAUCUAAACAUGGACAGUAAUUGGCUAGGAUUGGCUGUAUGUGCAAACUUUGCAAUCCUGGAGCAUCUGACUUCUGAGAUUGACAAUUUGGAUAUCCCAGCAAUUUCUCACAACCUUAGUUGUCAUUUUGAAUCGGACAAAGGGAAUUCUCUGCAUCACUACUGCACAAGCAAAGAAGAAUUCAUGUGGUUGCAUCUAGGAGGAUUCGUUUGGGUAUCCUACAUACCACGAGCGUGGUUUUCAGAUCAGUUGAAUGAAUGCAGUUCCCUAGAAGCUUCAGUCGUAAGCGAUCACGAGGCCUUCAGUGUCCAUAAGUGUGGUCUCCGCCUACUAUACCAGUAUGAUGAAGAAGAGUUUACUCAGGCCAUAUUGCAGUAUAUGACGUCAUUGUGCGAUAAGAAAGGGAAAAAUAAGCAAACACCCUCAUAAGGGUGAGACAGGAAUGAUCAUGUAGUAGAACUCACAAAGCAGCAUUGAGGAACAUCACCAAUAAAGAAAGGCUUGUCAAUGUCACUAAUAAUUUCUCCCCUUCCGCAGACGUGGGUGUAGCUACAUUCGCUAGAGCAGAUAUGCUCCCUAUGAUGCAAGAAAUAUAUAUGCGAGAUAACAAGAAGAAAACACGGGGGAGGGUUUAUAAAUUGGAAGAAUAAAUAAGAAAGAUGCAAGGGAGGAAGAAGAAAACACGGGGAUGGUAUAUAAAGGCCACC